UCUACCUCCCUAGAGAGAGAAGGCAGAAAAAGAAGAGAGAGAAAGCACCGCACAAAAUUCUCUGUUCACUGCUUUCCUAUUCAAUCACCAAUCGAUACAGUGUUUACUGUAUCUCUACGCCUCUAGAAAUGCCAUAGACUGCAAUUAUUCAUUCCUUCUCCACCAUUCAUCCGCUCCGCGCAUGCAUUUUUCGCCGCGAAAACACCUGCGCAUCGGCGGAUUGAAAUACAGCGAUGUUCAACCUCAAUCUGGCCAUUGAUCCUCCGGCGCCGACCGCCGAUCGAGCCGAUACGGCGUCGGAUAAGCACUUCGCUCACUCCGGCGAUCACGUCGAGUAUUCCGGCAGCUCGAGCUCCUCCGUCGUUAAUGUGGAGACGUCGAGCACCGCCGGCGAUGAGAACUCGCUCUCGGUAGGUUUCGAUAUAUGGAAGAGCGGCGGCGAGUGUGAAGAGAGCGAGAAAUCGAGCUGCGGUUACGUGACGAAGGAGUUUUUUCCGGUUAAAUUCGGCGAGGGGCGGAUGCAGGGCUUGGAUCUCCCCGAGAAGAGCUGUGAGGUGACGGAGCAGCAGCAGAAGCGGCAGCUGGUGAAGAAGAGCCGGCGAGGGCCGAGGUCGCGCAGCUCUCAGUAUCGCGGCGUCACGUUCUACCGCCGCACCGGACGUUGGGAAUCGCACAUUUGGGACUGUGGCAAACAAGUUUAUCUAGGGGGAUUUGACACUGCACAUGCUGCGGCUCGGGCAUACGACCGUGCUGCAAUUAAGUUUCGUGGAUUGGAUGCGGACAUCAAUUUUAAUGUCAGUGAUUAUGAUGAAGAUCUUAAGCAGAUGAGGAACCUAACUAAGGAGGAAUUCGUGCACAUACUCCGCCGCCAGAGCACUGGAUUUGCGAGGGGGAGUUCCAAGUAUAGGGGAGUGACUCUGCACAAAUGUGGACGAUGGGAAGCUCGGAUGGGGCAGUUUCUUGGCAAGAAGUAUAUCUAUCUUGGACUGUUUGACAGUGAGAUAGACGCUGCAAGGGCAUACGACAAGGCUGCUAUCAAGUGCAAUGGAAGAGAAGCAGUCACCAACUUUGACCCAAGCACAUAUGAAGAGGAGUUGAGCUCUGAGGCACCCAUUGGAGCAGGCGAUCUGCACACUCUGGAUCUAAAUUUGGGCAUUGCUCCCCCCCCUGAAAGGGCCCCCUGGGAUAUUCAUCAUAUGCAAACGGAAAACUUUCAGAUCAACUAUGGCUCAAACAAUCUGCCGGAAAACGGACUAAAGGAUUCUGCUUCAGCCUCUGUUGCAGCUCAAUUACCCCAUGAAUAUGGAAAUGUAUGCCAAUACCCUCUCAUGUGGAGGGGAGCUGAUUCCUGUUUUCGUCCCGUUUAUACGGGAACAACAAUAGGGAAGCUUGUUGAAGUUGAUCCUUCAGCAAAUUGGACAAGGGAUCAUCAUCCCUCACCGCUCUUCUCUACUGCAGCAUCAUCAGGAUUCGCUACUUCGUCGGCUGCCAUCCAUCAUCAUCAGUUGCCUACGCCCCCACCCGUCACCACUCUGAACAAUGGAUCUCACCUCUACUGGAGGUGAUCCGUAUGUGACAGGGCAUCACCAAAACCGGAGGAUGAUCAGUAAGCACGAACGAUCUACGUUCUUAUAAACUGAGACAACCACUUCUUUCCACUGUUUGCCACUUUACACUGCUUCGAUAUUUGAUGAUCUUGAUUGUUCAUCUGUGCCACUUCUACUUGCUUUUGAUUUCAAACUCAAUUGAGCUCUGCUGAUAUGUUUAUGGAACUGUGAUUAGCAUGAAAUCUAGUUGGCCUAUUUCUUGA